AUGGGGGCAUGCAUGACGUUGUCGACGUGCUCACCGGAGGCGGCUGAAGGCACGCAUGUGUUCGACAUCUUGGGUUACAGCAAGCACAUGGGCAUGGGGCAAGACCCCGGUAGCUACAUACAAUCAGGGGUUUUCACUGUCGGCGGCCACAACUGGGCGAUCCGCUUCUAUCCUGAUGGGUAUAAAAGCGAGUCUUCAGUGAUCAAAACAGGGCCUAGGAUUUUCAAGUCCAACGAUUCCAGUCGGUAUGCUCCAGGGACUGCUCAGUUCAAAAGGCGAAGCGAGAUCGAGGGAUCCGCAUACCUUAAGGAUGAUCGCCUGAUGAUUGAAUGCAUUGUUACUGUUUUCAAGAAGCCACGUGUUACCAAAACCACCGUAGCCAAAUCGCCGCCCAAAAUUGACAGGCCACCAUCUGACAUGGCUCAGCAUGUUGGCAUGCUGCUGGAAGAAAAGGAGGGAUUGGAUGUCAGUUUCAUUGUUGGAGGGGAGACCAUUGAAGCGCAUAGGCUCGUUCUCGCUAUGCGGUCGCCUGUUCUUAAGGCGGAGCUCUACGGUCCAAUGAGGGAGGCGAGGCCGGGGCAGUGCAUUACCGUCAAGGAUAUGCAGCCAUCCAUCUUCAGGGCCCUGCUCCAUUUCAUCUAUACCGAUUCUUUGCCUGGCCGUGGGGACUUCAAGGGAGAAGAGAAUAUUGAGAUGAUCCGGCUUUUACUGGUGGCUGCGGACAGAUAUGCCAUGGAGAGGCUCAAGAUGGUUUGCCAAAGCAUCCUUUGCGAGCAUCUGAAUGUGGACACCGUGUCAACCACAUUGGCUUUAGCUGACCAAUAUAACUGUGAUAAGCUUAAGGAUGCUUGCCUUGAAUUUAUCAAAAUAUCAGAUGAUAACACUAUGGACGCCAUAGUGGCAAGCCAAGGCUUCAAAGAUCUCAAAGUGACUUGCCCAUCUCUCAUAGUGGACGCACUAGAGAACAGAAGAAAACUUCGUAAAGCAUGA